GAGUUUGUAGCAAGCCUGCCUUCAAUCAUCACGGAAUAUCUUACCUCUCCAUUUAUUUUCUUCUCUUUGCUCCACUGAUUUCCCUUGUCCUGGCUAAGGGCACGCCAGCUGUAGAAGAAUCCCAAGGAAAAUGAAGACAUGGCUGAAGUGGCUGCUAGGUAUACUCAUGGGGUUAGUGGUGGUUACUAUUGUUGCUGUUCCUGUGGCUCUGCUUGCAACCAAAGAAAAGGUAGAUGAGCGCAAGACAUAUACACUGGAAGACUAUUUUGGCGAUGAGUACAGGCCCAAAUCAUUUGGCCUAAAGUGGGUUUCAGAAAAUGCGUUCCUCUUCAGGGCCAAAGACAAUGUGCUCAUUUUUAAUGUUGAUAACGUGAAAACAACAGAAAUAAUUUCCAAUACCACAAUUUUUAAUAGCAAUUCUUCAUUUUAUACACUCUCUGAAGAUGGAAGAUUUGCAUUGUUGCAGUAUAACUAUGAGAAGAUAUGGAGACAUUCAUACACAGCUUCUUACCAUAUCUAUGAUGUUGAAAAAAAAGAAAUUGUGGCUUCAAACAAGCUUCCAGACAAAAUUCAAUAUAUAACUUGGUCACCCAUUGGCCAUAAACUGGCCUAUGUUUGGGAAUAUAACAUUUAUAUUAAAGAGGUGCCAGGAGAAAACAGUACCAUGAUCACCAACAAUGGAGAGCACAAUAAAAUUUUAAAUGGAAUCCCAGACUGGGUGUAUGAAGAGGAAAUGUUUUCAACAAAUUAUGCUUUAUGGUGGUCAACAAAUGCAAAGUUUCUGGCCUAUGUGGAAUUCAAUGAUACUGAUGUGCCAGUUAUAGAAUAUUCUUUCUAUGGAGAAGAUUCUGAUCAGUAUCCACAUACGGUUGUUAUCCCAUAUCCAAAGGCAGGAGCUAAAAACCCCACCGUGAGACUGUUUGCUGUGAAUACCUUGUCCCUUGCAGUUGUCAACCCUGUGGAAAUUGUUCCACCAACAGAAUUAAGAACUAUUGACUAUUACAUCAAUGGAAUUAACUGGGUGACCGAUGAUAAGAUGGCUAUUCAGUGGCUUCGAAGGAUCCAGAAUGUUUCGUUACUUACUGUGUGUGACUCUGCAGGUGCAGCAUGGAACUGUCAACCGCCAGUUUAUGAACAAAGUUCCACAGGCUGGGUCGGAUAUUUCCAACCUUCCUCUCCGUACUUCACCCAAGAUGGCUCAAAAUACUACAAGGUUAUUAGCAACAGAGAAGGCUACAAACAUAUCCAUUUGUUUGAGGGAUCCAAUGUACCGAUUCCUAUAACCAGUGGGAAUUGGGAAGUAACCAGCAUAUCUACAGUAGCCAGCAACUUUCUGUACUAUAUAAGCAACGAAGGAUUCCCUGGAAGAAGACAACUUUAUAAGAUAAGAUUAGAUGGUGGCUCAAACACUGCUCAAUGUGUCACCUGCAAUAUCCGGAGAAGAUGCCGCAAU